AUCAUACAGACAAGACACGGCGAAUCUGGGUAAAUGUAUGAAGUUAUGAGGCUUCUGAUAAUCGUUACGAUACGGCUUGCUUGGGGAUGGUUGCAGUGCAGUGCAGUGCGGUGUGGUGCGGUGCGAACACUAAAUCAUAGCACAGCACGGCACGGCACAGUACUCGUACAGCAAUCAAGUACUCCGUUACAACGAAAGGAACGACCAACAAAGCCUCCGAUGAACCUUCAUUUCCCCCACCUCACUCCCCCAUCCCGGAGUCUUCAUCUUAGUUCGUUCAUCUUCAUGCGGCUUACAACAACGUAGAUCAAAAGGUGGGU